AUGUUAGCUGCAGGCUGUUCAGGAAAUAUGCUGGUCCUUUACAUGUACUGUAGAUGUCGUGCUCUCCGGACACCGGGCAACAUCCUUGUCGCCAACCUUGCUCUCAGCGAUUUCUUGAUGCUUGCUAAAACGCCGAUUUUUAUUUUUAACUCUUUUAACCUCGGACCGGCAUUAGGAAAAACGGGUUGCGUUGUCUACGGUUUCCUGGGUGGUUUAACUGGAACUACUUCCAUCGCAACACUAACUGCAAUAGCAUUAGACCGAUAUUGGGCAGUGGUACGUCCAUUAGAACCUCUCAGAGCCCUAACUGCUAUUCGCGCUCGUUUGUUAGCGGUUGCAGCCUGGCUAUACGCUGCAAUAUUUUCCGCUAUCCCAGCUUUAGAUAUUGGAUACGGGCGUUACGUUCCAGAGGGAUAUUUAACUAGCUGCAGCUUCGAUUAUCUAACUGAAGAAAUGGGACCUCGUUAUUUCAUCUUCACGUUCUUUUGUGCUGGAUGGUUGGCGCCAUUCUGCACAAUUUCUUUUUGUUAUACAAGCAUUCUUCAAGUUGUUGUUUGUCAACGAAACAUUUCGACAACUGGAACCAACAAUCAUGAUCAAAAACUUUCGUCAAGACAUGUGAAAGAAAAGGUGAAACGCAAAGCAGAGAUUAAACUUGCAUUCCUAGUAAUAAUUGUAAUAGCUCUAUUUUUUAUAUCGUGGACGCCGUACGCUAUCGUAGCGCUUUUAGGUAUAUUUGGUCAAAAGCAUCUAAUAACUCCUACAGCUUCAAUGGUACCAGCACUAUUUUGUAAAACUGCUGCAUGUAUAAAUCCCUUUAUUUAUAUUAUUGCACAUCCCAAUUUCCGUAAAGAAUUACAAAAAAUAUUGUAUAGAGAUAAAUCUAAACGUAUGAGUGGCACGUUAAGAACUACCGGAUAUUACACUGAUUCAAACAAGAUGCAUAGACCGAGCAAAGACUUAAGCGAUACGGAUGUUGAAAUUGUUGAAAUGAAAGACAUUCCCUACCAAUCCGACUUGCCUAGAAAAACUAGCUCUAAUUUAGAUACAAUAUCGUCAAAAGUAUCCGAACGCGACGAUUCACAAAGGAGUGUGAGUUUGAAAAGCUUAGACGAAAGUGUAGUAACUCCGCCUUCUCGUAAGCCCCAGUUCAAGAAGAAAAAAAGUUUCCAACAAAGAUCAUCGAAACGAUCGAGUCAGUAA